GAUACUAUUUGCCGAGAAAUUCCAACUAAGAUUUUACACAAGAAAUAUUUUUUUUUUUAAUUUUGCAACGCCUUUUGAAAACCAAUAACCGUAAUCAGAAUUCAUCAGAUCAUCACAGAAUGUCGCUAAGCCGCAGUCAAACCCUCUGCCGCUACUAUUUGAUUGGCAUCUGUCGCUUUGGCAAUAUGUGUCGCUUCUCCCACGAUUUGAGCAACCAAAAGAAAGCGAGUCCCAAUCCUGGAGAUCCAACUACCAAUCCUGGAGAGCUGAAGGAUGAGCAGGUGGUGGCCAGCACGAGUAGCUUCAGUCGGCAGAGGAUCUGGGCGAAUGCACCGGUUUUUGUGCCUAUGAAUCCGGCCGAGAAUGAUUCUUCGGAAUAUCCCGGUGAUAUCUGUCCACAGGCGGGUCAGUGUGUCCUAGGCGAUCGCUGUCCCUUUUCCGUUCACCUGGAGCUCUGCGAGAUGUGCCACCUGUACUGCCUGCAUCCCCGGGAUCCGGAGCAGCGAAGGCAACACAAUCGCGAGUGUUUGGAGCAGCACGAACAGGCCAUGGAGUUGUCCUUUGCGAUGGCCCGUUCCAAGGACAAGAUGUGCGGCAUCUGCUUCGACACGGUGGUGGAGAAGGAGGAGCGCAGCGAAAGGCGCUUCGGAAUCCUCUCCAAGUGCAAUCACAUCUUCUGCAUCGACUGCAUCCGCCGGUGGCGCCAGGCCAAGCAGUUCGAGAACAAAGUGACCCGAGCCUGUCCCGAGUGUCGCGUCUGCUCGGAUUUCGUGUGCCCCAGCGCCUUUUGGGUGGACACCAAGGAGGAGAAGGACAAGCUGUUAUCGGACUAUCGUUCCGCGUUGGGCGCCAAAGAUUGCAAGUACUUUCGCUUGGGCGAGGGACGGUGUCCCUUUGGCAACAAGUGCUUCUACAAGCAUGCUUUGCCCAAUGGCACUAUCGUCGAUGUGGGACUGCCGAGGAGAAUCUGCCCCAAGAACCAGAAUAACCAACUGAACCAACGGCCCCAAAAUCAAAGCAUCGAUAAUAACGAUAGCGAUAGCGAUCUAAUGGACUUUCUCGACUAUUAUCCAUGGCGAAUGGCAGAUCGGCUGGACCAACAUUGGCUCGAGCUGUUUUUUAGCGAUUUAAGCGAUAUUUCCGAGGGCUCAGAGGAUGAUAACUAAGAUAUCCAAGAAGAAGUUGGUGAACAUGAAGUAGCAGAAGGAACCGAACAUAUAUUUGGACAUGGCAUCCCAGAAAAGCCCAAUCAGACGAUUAUAUGUAUGACACUGAACGCACACAUAUUUAUCACAUCCCAAAUUACACAGAAAUUGCCAAAUUCAGGUUUACAUCGUUAUUCGCAUUUCACCUCGCUUAAUGUUAAAAAUUUUCCGUAUUUGUAUUAAAUAAAAUUACAUUUGACACCAAUAAAGUUUGCAAGUAUAAAAUACAAAAAAAGGUAAUGUAUUAAAUA